ACCAAUUUUACAUAUAACAAAUAACACAAAAUUUUCUUGCAAUGGCAGCGAAGGCAGUUCUUUUUAUUAGUGCUCAAGCGCUUAUUGUCCAGUGUAUCUCCAGCCAAUGCCUCCGUUCUGGUUACAAUGGAAUUGCUAAUGGCUUAACUGGACCCUUUGCAGCUCCAUGGAACGCUGAAGCAUCUUUAGCUGCUCCAUGGGCUGCUACUCCCUGUGCCGUUGCUCCUUUAGCUGCCGCUGAAUGGGCUGCCUUCAGUCCUGAUGCUUCCAAUGGAGGAGGCUUUGCGAUAACCAGUGUAUCCCCUAUGGCCGUCACCGGUUUAACCAUGACAUCUGAAAACGCAUACGAAGGUCCGUUAUCCGUGACUGGUGCUAUGCCAUUCUUAGCAGCUGUUGCUUUAGAAGGUGCAUUACCAACUACUGGUGCCGGUGCUAUCACUUACGGUUGUGGAAGUGGAAACGUAGCCAUGCUUAGCGAGGGUGUCAACGCUGGGCCUUACGGCUACGGCGCUGGGUACGCGGGGGAACUGGGCUACGGGUACGGACCUCUUGGCUAUGAAGCCGGUAUCGCUGGGCCUGGAUACGGGUACGGCUAUAACAGAGGUUGCGGUUGUGGUGCUUUGUACUAAAUAGUUUUAAUAUUUAUAAUAAGGUUAUGUGCUAGUAACAGUAUUCAUCGUACAUAAGUCAUUGUAAAAAUGUAUGUUUAAAAAAGUUGUUUUUUGAAAUUAACAUGAUAAAGAAUAAAAUAAUUA